AUGGCGGAGACGCUGAGGCGGGUGCUAAACCUAGGCACCUCAGCAAGGUCCGGGGAGGAGGAUACAGCUGAGGCUGGACCGCCUUUGCUGCUGCUCGGCGGCCCAGGGUCUGGAAAGACAGCGCUGCUAUUUGCGGCAGCCCUGGAAGCGGCAGGAGAGGGCCGAGGCCCCGUCCUCUUUCUGACUCGAAGGCCUCUUCAAAGCCUGCCCCGCGGGACUGGCGCAGCCCUCGAUCCCCUGCGGCUACAGGAGGUCCGACUAAGAACGCUAUGGGCAGGUUUUCCGUGGAAAGAUUGCCUUAGAUACUUGAAGAUCCGCUUCCAGUACCCACCCUCAACCCAUGAACUCCUUCAGCUUCUGUGCUCUGCCCAUGAGGCCCGCGGUCCAGCCCCCUCCCUGCUGCUACUGGAUGGCCUUGAGGAGUACCUAGUGGAAGACCAGGGACCCCAGGACGCCGCCUACCUGGCUGCGCUGCUUCUGGACACAGCUGCCCACUUCAGCCACCAGACUGGGCCUGGCCAGGGCUGUGGGCUCAUUGUGGCCCUACAGACCCAAGAGGAGGGAGUCAGUGGGGAUGCCCUGCAGGUGUCACUGCUCCAGCGGUAUUUCCCUGCCCAGUGCUGGCUGCAGGCAGAGACACCAGGCCCAGGACAGCACCGCCUCCGAGCCUGCCUGGAUCCAGGUGGGCUGGGGCCUAGGAGAGAGUGGUGCGUGGCUUUCCGACCAAAUGGAGAGAUGACAAUCACCCCGUGGCCUACCCAGGCUGGUAACCUCAGCUUAGACAAAGGUUCAAGCUCUGGAGGCCAGCCUUGAUCUUUGGUGUGUGACAACCUCUCUAUGCCUCAGUUUCCCAUGCCUGGAAUACUUACUUCAGGGACACAUGCAGAUUCAAAGACCUAAAGAAUAUAAAAUGUUUUUU